AUGCAAUAUUUAUCAAUUGCCCUGCCGUUGACUGCUUUGGUCAGCGGCGCUUUGGCGAAUCCCUUUGAAUGGCGACGUGCUUGCACAUCCAAUGCAUGCUUGGCCGCUGUGACAGGCAAGGCUGCCCUUGGUGAUGGCUCCCUCCGCGCUUCUCACUGCGCCAGCUUUUUGGCUACCACCGUUACUCCUCCUGCCAUUACCGUCACCGAGACCCUUACCGGAGUGUCCAAGGAUGAAGCGUGGAAGCGAGCCUCCGUGACCGUCUGCCCCAACGAGGUCCCCAAUUAUGCCAGCGCUUGCGACGAGGCUGGCUAUACCAGUGCCUGCUCAUGCUUCGGUUUCACCGCGAUCAAGACCACCACCAUCGCACCAACCACCACUACCAAGACCGUCUACGUCGCUCCCACUGGCAGUGCUUGCUCGACCGCCAUUGUUGUCUCCGGAACUACGUGCCCUGCUGCUGAAACCGAAACCAGCACCGUCAUCAAGACGGUCGGUGGUCCUGGUAGCACUGCGACCGUCACCGACACCAUCACUCUGAAAGGUUCCAGCACCUGCGCUGCAGGAUCCACGGUCACCAAGACGGUUGGCAGUUCUGCCGUUCCUACUACUCUCACGGAAACCGUUACUCUGCACGGUUCCAGCACCUGCGCUGCUCCCUCCACCGUCAGUGUAACUGUUUCGGGAUCUAGGUCGGCCAGCACCGUGACCAGCACGGUCACUCUCCACGGCUCUAGUACCUGUGCUGCUGCAUCGACUGUCAGCGUGACUGUCUCACGAGGUGCCACCGCUACUACCGUCACCAAGACCGUCGGCUCUGCAACUGCUUCCACUGUCACCGUGACCGUUGGCUCGGCCACUGCCACCACCGUUACUGUUACCGCUUCCACCUUCACUGUUACCAAGACCACCUCCGGUGCUUGUUCAUCAACCACCUCGGCUUCUGCUACUCCCUCAACUUGCGUCGUGGAUGAUGACCUGGCUGAAACCAUUGUCAACAACUUCAUUGAUUUGCUGCUGUUCACUUCCUAUGCCGGCAACCCAGCUGCAGGCAUCCCGGCGGGUCACGGCUACCACCAGAAUGUCUCUGAUGCUACUUUGGCUGCCGACUUCUCUGAUAUCUCAGACUCGAUCAACUUCAUGGCUGGCUUCCCGCUGGGAUCCGUUACCUUCCCCACCAAGCAAGCCUUCGAUAUUGGCCAAGGUGUGAUGCAGCCCGAAGCCUACAGCGUGCAGACUUUGAACAUCUGGCACGACUGCAGCACCAUCACCUGGAGGUGGAGACUCCUUUCCAACCCUAAUGCCUACCCUGUCACUGGUAUCAACCAAAUGAUCAUCGACGAGGACGGCAAGAUCCAGAAGAACUACGCCGAAUUCGACAACGGUGCCUGGCUCCAAUCCUUCGGCCGACAAUGCGCCACCAACAACAUCACUAUCUCUCCCAAUCCUCCCGCCCUCAAACGAUCUGCUCGUCUCUACUAA